CGAGCGAGUAUCACUUUUACUGAUUUUUCGUCUUUUCAAACUCGCGCGACAGAUGUUAUAUCAUAAACAACGCGAGUACGGGCGAUGGCGGUCAGUGUUGUGAGAUAUUUCAUUAUCGUGCUAAUUGUCUUCGAACAAUACCUCAAUGUGAGGGCGCAGAAUAAGACGAUUAAGGACCUCUUCAACAGCACCUCCUGCGUUCCGCCGCCGUUCACUUGCCCUCAUCCGCAAAUCCAAUUCUAUUUAUACACAAGGACUACACAAAAAAAUCCCGCUCUCAUUGACGUGAGAAACCCUCGCUCGCUGGAUUACACGACUUUCGAAAAAUCUCAUCCCACUAAAGUGAUCAUCCACGGUUUUGGUGGCGGAAGAAAUUUGGCGCCGAGCACCGAUCUGAGGAAUGCUUAUUUCAAGCGCGGUGAUUAUAACAUAAUAAUCGUCGAUUACGGUUCACUCGUACGAGAGCCAUGUCUUUCGCAAAUGCAAUGGGCACCGGACUUUUGUUCUCAGUGUAUUGCACAGUUGGUGAGAUAUCUGAAGGCCCAUCGGCGUGGUAUACCGGUCGAGAACAUUCACGUACUUGGAUACAGUGUUGGUGCACACAUAGCCGGUCUAAUUGCGAAUCAUUUACCCGAUGACAAAUUGGGCAGGAUAACCGGUCUCGAUCCGACGAUAUUUUUCUACAUGAAUGGAAAUCGUUCGAGAGAUUUGGAAUCGACGGACGCCCAUUUUGUGGACAUAAUCCACACGGGAGCUGGCAUACUGGGCCAGUGGGGACCAAACGGUCAUGCCGAUUUUUAUGUAAACGGUGGAUCAAGUCAACCCGGAUGUGCGACUUCCUCGAUCCUUCAAACCCUGUCGUGCGAUCACACAAAAGUAACGCCUUACUACAUCGAAUCGAUAACGACAAAGGUUGGAUUCUGGGCAGCUCCUUGCGCAAAUCUCUUCUCUUAUCUAAUCGGUUGGUGCAACCCGGCGGAAGAAGAUUACGUCUUAAUGGGCGAAGACACGCCGCCUACAGCUCGAGGCAUCUACUAUCUGUCAACAAACGCACGCAGACCGUACGCCCGAGGACUUCAAGGAAAAAAGCGGCCCCCGAAAAACCGGAAGCCAUAGUUUUACCACCAGUAUUGAGCUUGCUAAAGCAGCUCAUUAACAUAAUAAUAGAAUGACGGACAAAUGAAAAUAUUCAUGAAGAUGAUCACAGAAAUUUAUCAUCCACAUCUUAUUGGACGCGAGUCCAAAAUACGUGUAUAAAUAAUUUACGUUGCACACUUACCUUAUUCACAAAAUAGUUAUUGUCAUUAAGUAAAUUAGCGUAAUGAAUUUUCGUUAUAAGCUCUCGAGCCUAUUUUGUCAUGCUCGAACGGAAAUUAACGUGAUUCA